AUGCAAAGCUAUGAAGAGUUUCUUGAGUUGCGUCAACGACUUAAGGAAUCGAUUAGGAAGAAGAUGCAAAACGGAAACGAUGCUGAUCCAACUCCAACCUCAGAGCAGAGGAAAAGAAAACUUCCGUAUAACAACUUUGGUUCCUUCUUUGGACAUUCACAGCCUGUUAUUGCUCCAAGAGUAUUACAAGAGAGCAAACCUCUGUUAGAAAAGGAGCGUCUGGCUUCUAAAUCAAUCCCAACUGAGGUGAAAAAAGAGGCUGAGAAACGUAAGGAAUCAAGAGACUACUCAUUCCUUUUGUCUGAUGAUGCUGAGCUUCCUGUUUCCUUAAAGGAACCACCUUCAAGUGCGGUUUCUUCAGUCAUCCAAAUGCAGCCUAAACCAUGUUCAUCAACUAAUUCUUCCAAAGUAAAACCGGUUCUUGCAAGAAAACCAGCUUCAGUACCAGUGGAUCGGAGAACAAAGCCAUUGACAUCUGAUCCUAAACCUAAACAAAGGGUGGAACAGAGAAAAGUCUCUAACGAAGUCGCAAGGUCUCCUCAAAUGGUUCCAAGAAAAUCAUUGCCUCCUUCGAAACAACGGGUGAUGAGCAAACCAGAGUUGAAGCGAGAUAGUCAACUGAUGAAGAAGAAGCGUAGAAGAAUGUCAGAGGAGGAUGAUUUGGCGUUGAAGAUGGUUAGAGAGAUAUGCAAGAGUGAUCGUUACGCGGGGCGUGAUUACGAUGAUUAUGAUGAUAGAAACAUGGAAGCCAGCUUUGAAGAUAUCGCCAAGGAAGAGAAACGAAGUGCGAGACUAGCGAAGAAAGAAGACGCGGAACAACUACGGUUGAUAGAGGAAGAGAAACGGCAAGAAAGAUUAGCGAUUGAGAAGAAGAAGAAGAAACUGAAGCUUAGCGAUUAA